UCUUAUCCUCCUCUGUUUCAAUGCAAUCAUCAUCGUCAAAAGGAGACCAGAUGAUCCCACCAGGGGCACCUCUAUCCAUGGAGAAACAAAUACUAGACAAAGGUGUCGGAAUGAUGCAAUCCCUGAAUCCAGUAAACAAGAUGCAACAACACGCCUGUUCCUUCGCCAUCUACAGCCACGACAUGUCUCGUCAGAUCGAAACUCACCAUUACAUCACUCGCUCUAACCAGGAUUUUCUUCAGUGUGCAGUUUAUGAUUCCGACAAAUCCAACGCCCAUCUCAUAGGUGUUGAAUAUAUUGUGUCGGACAAGAUUUUUGAAACUCUGAAACCUGAUGAACAGAAACUCUGGCAUUCACAUGCUUAUGAGAUCAAAUCAGGGCUUUGGAUGAAUCCUCGAAUUCCAGAGAUGAUGGUUAAUCCUGAAUUGCAGAAUCUGGCUAAAACUUAUGGGAAGUUUUGGUGCACCUGGCAGACCGAUAGAGGGGAUAAGUUGCCAAUAGGGCCACCGAGCUUGAUGAUGUCUCCACAGGCUGUGAAUUUGGGAAUGGUGAAACCCGAGUUGAUUGCGAAAAGGGAUGAUAGAUACAAUGUUUCUACUGAUGCUGUGAAGAGAUCAAGGAUGGAAAUAGCUGAACCUGAAUGGAUCAAUCCGCAGGCUGAUUAUUGGAAGCAGCAUGGGAAGUGCUUUAAGGUUGAUGUAGAAGAGGUUGAGAUGAAGAAAAGGACUCCAUUUCCAUGAGGAGGCAGCAGCUGGAGU